UAACCUAGCGUAAGAUCUCGAAUACCUAUCUUUUUUACAUUAUAGAUACGUACUUCGAUUGAAUGGUAACAAGAUAUCGAAUGAAUUAUGGAAAGAUAUUUUCGUUGGAUUAGAUUUCGAUUUCAAUGACAUGUGACAUGUGGUUUGGGAUAAAAAAAGAACUAGUGCGGAAGCUGCAAUGGAGAACCAAAGACAGUCCUGCAUGUGUUGCGGGAUUGUACUUUUGCCAGGUUAACUUGGAUGAAGCUAAUCCCACCUUCUGAUCAUCACCACUUUUUCAGAGACAGUUUGCAGGAUUGGAUUGAAAAGAACCUCAAGGCCGAGCAUACUGGCCUUAAUUUUGGUCUUAUCUGCUGGUCUCUUUUGAUGACCAGGAACGAUCGAGUCUUUGCAGGCAAGAUUGUGACAACUGAAGGCUUUCUACAGCGCGUCCAGACUUGGAUAACUGUCGUGAGAAACGCUUUGGACAAGGAUAGGCUUCUUCAUACGACUAAUCCGCCCGCUAGAACGGAGGUGGAGAUCUCGUGGAAGCCGCCACCUCCUGAGUGGGUCACCCUCAACACAGACGGAUCCGUCGCACAGGAUACAUGUCAUGCCGUAGCUGGUGGCCUGUUAAGAGAUCAUACGGGCAGGAGCCUUCAGGCAUUUGUGAUGAACCUAAGGAUGUGUUCUAUCACCCGGGCAGAGUUGAGGGGCGCUGUAGAAGGACUUCAGUUGGCUUGGGAUGCUGGAUAUAGACAUGUCAGACUUGAGCUGGACUCCGCUUGUGCGAUACAGCUGCUACGGAGUCCUGACUCUUCGGAGCAUCACCAUGCAGCCAUCAUCGAUAGAGCUAUUGAGCUGCUUCAGAGACAGUGGGAGGUUGAAAUUGCCCACAUUUAUAGAGAAGGCAAUAAGAGUGCCGACUAUCUUGCUAGUAGAGGUCACCAUGCACCUUUGGGUGUUCAUUUGUUUCCGAUCUCGGACCCUAUCCUGUAUAACUGGAUCUUGUAUGAUGUUCAGGGGAUCUCCAAACCCCGGGUGAUUAUGAAUGAAAGGUAGGGUGCAGUUGUAUCCAUUUAAUAAUAAAAAAAAACAACAUAUUUU